AGCGAGCCGCCGAGCUAGGCGAGGCCCGUGCGCCCGCGCCCGCAGCGCCCUCCGGCUCCGGCUGGGGAGAGGGGCCGGUGGCAGUGGCCCGGGCAGCGGAAUCCGCGCGGUGGCAUCCCUAGUUGCCCCGGGCGCCUUCCUCGGGACCUGGUCGCCCCCUGCCUCGCCCUCUGCACCCUACUUCUACCCUCCUUCCCAGCCCUGCCCGCCUCUGCCCCAACCCCCGAGAGUCGGGUUGAGCCCAGGCCCGCGCAGCAGCUGUUGCUCCUGUCGCUGCCUCGCCUCCAGUCUGGGUGCUCUGCUGGGGGCCCCCCGAGGAGGCAGCGCGCGCUGCGGGCUGGGAGGGAGGCGCCGCUCAGCCCGCUGUCCUCCUCCUCCUCCUCCUCCUGCUGCUGCUGCCGCCGCGGGUCCGUGCGCACCCCACACCCCCCCCAGCCGGGCCUCGGGGCACAUCUCCAGACUUUGAUUUGGCUGAAGUAACUUAUACCACAGAGCUGUGGGCAUGCCUGGAGUUGAGAGACACAGUUAAAAGACUCCCAAUUCAUUCCUACCUUUGAAAACUCCUGAAAACCAUCCCUUCGGACUCCGGAAUUAUACACAUCUCAACCAAGACUUUGCCUGGAUGUUUACAUUUUCUGCUUGCUGUCCUAUAUACCACUAUAUAGUGUUCACCUUUUGUUGAAACUUUGGAGUGUCAGGAGUUGAGCUUGGCUCAUUCUGAGUUGAGCUUGGCUCAUCCCAGCAUGGCUAGGAUGAGCUUUGUUUUAGCAGCUUGCCAACUGGUGCUGGGCUUGCUAAUGACUUCAUUAACUGUGUCUUCCCUACAAAAUAGUGAGUGUCCACAACUCUGUGUAUGUGAAAUUAGGCCCUGGUUUACCCCACAGUCCACAUACAGAGAAGCCACUACUGUUGAUUGCAAUGAUCUCCGCUUAACAAAGAUUCCCAGCAACCUUUCUAGUGACACUCAAGUGCUUCUCUUACAGAGCAAUAACAUCGCAAAGACUGUGGAUGAGCUCCAGCAGCUUUUCAACUUGACUGAGCUAGAUUUCUCCCAAAACAAUUUUACAAAUAUUAAGGAGGUAGGGCUGGCAAACCUGACCCAACUCACUACUUUACAUUUGGAGGAAAAUCAGAUUACAGAAAUGACUGAUUACUGUCUGCAAGACCUUAGCAACCUUCAAGAACUCUAUAUCAACCAUAACCAGAUUAGCACUAUUUCUGCUAAUGCUUUUUCAGGCUUAAAAAAUCUUUUAAGGCUCCACUUGAACUCCAAUAAAUUGAAAGUUAUCGAUAGCCGCUGGUUUGAUUCAACACCUAAUCUGGAAAUUCUCAUGAUUGGGGAAAACCCUGUGAUUGGAAUUCUAGAUAUGAACUUUAAACCCCUCUCAAAUUUGAGAAGCCUGGUUUUGGCAGGAAUGUAUCUCACUGAUAUUCCUGGAAAUGCCUUGGUGGGCUUGGAUAGCCUUGAAAGCCUGUCCUUUUAUGACAACAAGCUGGUCAAAGUCCCUCAACUUGCCCUGCAAAAGGUUCCAAAUUUAAAAUUCUUAGACCUCAACAAAAACCCUAUUCACAAAAUCCAAGAAGGGGAUUUCAAAAAUAUGCUCCGGCUAAAAGAACUGGGAAUCAACAAUAUGGGGGAACUUGUUUCUGUGGAUCGCUAUGCCCUUGAUAACUUGCCUGAACUCACAAAGUUAGAAGCCACCAAUAACCCCAAAUUAUCUUAUAUCCACCGUUUGGCUUUUCGAAGUGUUCCUGCCCUGGAAAGCUUAAUGUUGAACAAUAAUGCCUUGAAUGCCGUUUACCAAAAGACAGUAGAGUCUCUUCCCAAUCUUCGUGAGAUCAGUAUCCACAGCAAUCCCCUGAGGUGUGAUUGUGUCAUCCAUUGGAUUAACUCCAACAAGACCAACAUCCGUUUCAUGGAGCCUUUGUCCAUGUUCUGUGCCAUGCCUCCUGAAUAUAGAGGGCAGCAGGUAAAGGAAGUUUUAAUCCAGGAUUCAAGUGAACAGUGUCUCCCAAUGAUAUCUCAUGACACAUUUCCAAAUCAUUUAAACAUGGAUAUUGGCACAACAGUUUUCCUAGACUGUAGGGCCAUGGCUGAGCCAGAACCUGAAAUUUACUGGGUCACUCCUCUUGGAAAUAAGAUAACUGUGGAUACACUUUCAGAUAAAUACAAGCUAAGUAGUGAAGGUACUUUAGAAAUAUCUAACAUACAAAUUGAAGACUCAGGAAGAUACACUUGUGUUGCCCAGAACGUGGAAGGGGCCGACACACGUGUGGUAACAAUUAAGGUUAAUGGAACCCUUCUGGAUGGUACCCAGGUGCUGAAAAUAUAUGUAAAGCAGACCGAAUCUCAUUCUAUUUUAGUGUCCUGGAAAGUUAAUUCCAAUGUCAUGACCUCAAACUUAAAAUGGUCAUCUGCCACCAUGAAAAUUGACAAUCCUCACAUAACAUAUACUGCCAGGGUCCCAGUAGAUGUUCAUGAGUACAACCUAACACAUUUGCAGCCUUCCACAGAUUAUGAAGUGUGUCUCACAGUGUCUAAUAUUCAUCAACAGACUCAAAAAUCAUGUGUUAACGUCACAACUAAAAAUGCCGCCUUUGCACUGGACAUUUCUGAUCAAGAAACAAGUACAGCCCUUGCUGCAGUAAUGGGAUCCAUGUUUGCCGUCAUUAGCCUUGCGUCCAUUGCUGUGUACAUUGCUAAAAGGUUUAAGAGAAAAAACUACCACCAUUCAUUAAAAAAGUAUAUGCAAAAAACUUCUUCAAUCCCGCUAAAUGAGCUGUACCCACCACUCAUUAACCUCUGGGAAGGUGACAGCGAGAAAGACAAAGAUGGUUCUGCAGACACCAAGCCAACCCAGGUUGACACAUCCAGAAGCUAUUACAUGUGGUAACUCAGUGGAUAUUUUGCUUCUGGUAGUAAGGAGCACAAAGACGUUUUUGCUUUAUUCUGCAAAAGUAACAAGUUGAAGACUUUUGUAUUUUUGACUUUGCUAGUUUGUGGCAGAGUGGAGAGGACGGGUGGAUAUUUCAAAUUUUUUUAGUAUAGCGUAUCGCAAGGGUUUGACACGGCUGGCAGCAUCUCUAGGCUUCCAGUUUGUGUUUGGUUUUUAUUCUUAUCAUUAUUAUGAUUAUUAUUAUUAUAUUAUUAUUAUUAUUAUUAUUAUUUUGUUUUAGUUGUUGUGCUAAACUCAAUAAUGCUGAUCUAACUAAAAUGCUCAAUAAAAUGAUUAAUGAGAGGUUGGGGUUCCCCUGUGCUUUUACCCCUUCUUCUGAAGCCAUCAGUAGAAAGUAUCAUGUCCUCCAAAAAGCUAACAUACAGUGUGAAGCAGCAUUGAACCUUUUGUAGCAAUCUGGUCUACAGACUUUUAACUCAAGAAGCUAAGACUAGACUUGUUACUUUAUUGAAUGAUGUUAGUUGACUGUACUGUAAUGUUGUAUCAACUGAAUUGAAUGUUUGCCUUUGAACAAUGACUUUUCUUUUUUUGUAAUAGUUAAAGAGGCUUAGAACAAGCUAACAGGCAAUAGAAAUAUGUAUAUCAGAUUUUUUAAUGUAACAAACUACAUGUUAAUUGUUACCUUAUUCUUUUUAUCUUUAGUAGACACUUUUAAAAGAAAAGACAAUUUUGUUGUGUUUAACUCACCAACAUGUGGUGUUUAAUGAAGACAGAACUAUAAUAAAUUAGUUUUGUUCUGAUUUUUUAGAACACUUGCAAUAAUGUAUCAUUUAUAGUUCUUGCUAGUUGCAGUGGUGAUAUAUUUCACAUCCCUAAAACAACCACCAAAAUAAAUCAACUAAAGCAUGAUGCUUUUUAAAACUAGGCCCAAAAAAGUUUUGAAUUCUUUUUAUAUUCAAAUAAAAUAUCUAUUUUAGUGAAGAUAUUUUAAUGAAAAUUAUUUCUAUAUUUUAAAUAUUACCAAUCAGACCUAAUGGAGGGUAACAUUCUUAUGAACAAAAGCAUAUUACUGUAUCCCAUACAUAAAUAUGGUUUAAAAAUAGAGAGAGACACAUUGAUAAAGAGAUAGAUAUGUCACAUUCCUUUUCUGUAAGGGUUUUGUUAAAAUCUGAAUUUCUUUAGUAGUAUCCACACUCUCCAUCAAAGUCUAAAACAUACAGCUAUGCAGUAUCCCAAGAUAUAUGUUACUCCUUUUUUUAAUGGCUUUCUAUAUGCUAGACCCAUAUUAGCCCAUAUAUCCAUGUAGAGAUAUCUGCUGAGACAAGUAAAUGGUUAAUAGAAAACUGAACAACUUCUGUACAUUUGGCAUUUUUCAGCCAAAUAUAUAGAGACAGUUUGGCAGAAUUAAAUGUUUACUGGGAAAUGUAUGUAUGACAUUUAGGACAGAAAAAAAGCUAGAUUUAGGUAGAAGGUCAGUUCCACAAAGUAUGUGUGUUGGGGAAAGUGGGGGGAGAAUUGAAGAUGUAGUUAGAAGAACAAGGAACCAUUUGAACAUGCAGAUUAAUAAUACAGAGAAAUAAAGAAAAGCUUCUCCAGAUGGCACCUGCUGCCAGGGACGUGCCAUCACACCAAGAAUGAUAAGACUGUAAAAGGAGACUGAGUGCUAGCAGGUGCCAGCUGAGCAAAAGCAAGAAGGAAGCAGAAAGAACAUGCAGGUGAGGCAAACUGAAAGGAUUUCUUUCUUUGUAAAAUUCCUUGUUUCAUGAAUCAUUUAGGAAAAAAAAAAAAAGAUCAUUUUUUCCCCAUUUCUAAAGGGGAAAAGUUUUUUUCAUAUGCUAAAGCAAAUAAGCUGCAGCAGCAAAACAAGUGUAUGAAGUAGAAGCAUCUCUUCCCACAGCCUUCAUUUCUUGGUGAGAAAAACUAAUACCCAGAGAAGAAUUGUAACUUGCCCUGGUCAGACUCUCCUGCCCACUGAGAACUGCACUCUUAUCUUUUGCUCUGGAUCCUGUGGCUCUCUAGACUCCUGUGCAGAGCUUGUCUCUCACAGUUCUCAACAACCUCUAGUGAUCUCGCUUCAAAAAUGCAUUAUAUCCUCAAAUUCUCAUUUACUCAGGACAAAAUUCAGCACAAGGGCAGAACUGGAGGGUCAGGAAAGCUUCUCCAUUGUUGACAUUACCAAGUACAUGUAGGAAACCCAAAGAAUUGAAAUUGCUUUGAAUGCAACCAUGGGGAAGUUUCCUUUUGGGUGAUUCUUGUCUUCAAAUGUCUACAGAUAGUAAUACACCAUCUAACAAACCCCUGGUAAUUCUGCAAGCAAAGAAGGGGAGUGGCACCAAAGCAUUAGGCCUAGAGCAAGGAGAAAAGAGGAAGCAUUGUUAAUCCUAUGAAGCAAUGAUUUGAACCUGGCACAUAGUCAUCACUCAAAUACUAGUGGAAUAAAUGAAGGAAAACAAGCAUUUCUCUAUUCUGGUUACAUAGCAAGCACCAGGGAAUUCAAGUGUUUUUGUCAACUACCUUUUGCCAGGCUAGUUUGGGGGAAACAGUCCCUUUUAACUUUUACUCCUCCAAUAAAAUAUUUUGAGCUUAUUUUUCCUUGUCUGUGCUAAUUGGGUUGGUUUUCAGCUGAUAGAAAGCAAAAUGGCAUGGUACUUUUUUCCCUAGCCAAGUAUUUCUUCAUUUGUGCUUAAUUCAAUUUGAUAAGUUAGACAGCCAGUGAAAUUAGGCAUCAAAGUAGUUCCUCAUUGAUAAUGAAGGUUAUAUCACCUUGACCAGUGAAGUGACUAUUACAGGUCACUUGCUAAUUUCAUAUUUCCCUUUGGCUUCCUGCUGCCCUCAGGACAUACAAUGUAUUUCUAACCUGAUUUUACGAGGUUAUUUUUGGAGGUGUUUCUUAAAACAGGCAUUCUCAAAUUUGCCUGUUUAAUUAAUGACAUAUUGAACUGAUGCCAUGGAUAUAAAAACAAAUGCAAUGUUUGAAUAUCAUUUUUUCUAAUUUGGCUGUGGGUUUAGUUUAGCAAAAAGGAAACAACCCCAUUCUUUAGCAAAUAAACACUACUAAAGUCCAUUAUUUUCUCUUAUGUGGUUUUCUACUCAUUCAUUCAUUCAUUCAUUUGCUGAAAACCCCACGAUCAACUCUACCUGCCAUUUUCUUUUUUUUAAUCUCUGCAUUCAUCUUCCAAAGCAUUUUCUUUUCUUCCUUGCUGUUUUUUAUUAAUGGAGGAAGAAAAAUAUUUUGUAUCUGUAGCACUCUGCCAGGAAAACCAUACUUUCUGCUUUACUAGUCAUUGGAAAGGGGAAUUUAACUACUUCUGAUGCAUUCUAACUACAACUGAAAAUGUUUUCUUUACCUCAGUCCUUUCACUCUUACCCUGGUUGCAAAUAGACUUUAUUAUUAUUAUUCAUUGUUAACUGGAGGUAAAAUAUUUCUAUAAAGAUGAGUUUUAGAAUCACCCUCCAGAGCUGUAGAAUAAUCUUGGUCUAAAAAUCUCUGCAGGACUCAGAUAGGUAUGAUUUCUCUCUCCUCCUGCCCCCACAUAACUUUGGAGAGAAGGAUCAGCCCUUGUUCUGCAAACCCUAAGUCAGAAACUUAGGGCCCAUGGUAAAAAUAAGAUGACAGUGGAACUCAUUAUUUCUGAACUUGGUUCGGCAUUGCCCAGCACAGGUUAAUGGAACUAAAUGAGUGGGAGUUUUGUUUGUUUUAUUUUGUAGAAUUCCUCAGAGACUUGAUGGCACUAAUAUAAAGUACACAGCAUUUCCCAUAGCCUUUUACCAUGGUAUGUCUCGGUAUUAUUCCAUCCUAUAGAUCCUGAGAAGUUGAAGAUUUAACUUGACCCCCAAAACAGUUCAAAUGAACUGGGUAUUAUUCUUUCCAAUUUACAGAUAAGGAAACUAAGGCCCAUAGGAGUAGUCAUUUGCCUGACACCAAAAAGCUCCAUAGGAGGGUGACUACACUGGGGCCCUUCACUUCCAGUUUCUUCUCUGUCCAGCAGCCUUCUAAAAAGUGGAGAGAGGAGCAUCUGUGAAAGGGCAGAGGCUGGAGGUCACAGGACAUGUGGGAAAGACAGUAAGUACACCAAAGAGAGCUAAUGGGAGAGGACAUUUUAUGUCUAAAAUGCACUUAUCUCUUCCCCCUUAAGAAGCUUUAUGUGCUGGGGAUCUGUGAGCUUCGCCUCAAAACUGUUUAUGGCAGGCUAAAUUUUAAUUCAAAUCUUCAAUUCUCCCUAUACUCUCCUGUUACCUGCUCAGAAAAUUAAAGUUUUAAAGAUUUUGUGGAGGAGAUUCCAAGCUCAUUCUUUUCCUUAGCAGUAAACCAGGGAAGGCAAUGUGAAAAAAAAAAAAACCUGACAAAUUUCAUGUUUAGCUCAAAA